GUGCUUAGGUACGACGAGUUCUGUUAACCGACCAGCCCACAGAGAUACGCUGAGUCUAUCUAAAUUUAAUAUUUCUCAAUUUAAAAAAUUAGCAAGACCUAAAGAGUUUUAGCCAUGAGUAGUCAAUCCAAAGAGUAUGAUAUUUAUAAGGAUUCACUUUUGAGAUAUCUGGGAUAUGCAAAUGAAGUUGGUGAAUCUUUUCGCAACAUUGUUCCAGUGAAUGUGGUUUGGUUCAGCUAUCUACUAGCCACUGGAUAUGUUGUUGCAGAUGCUUCUGAUAAAGGCUACAAGAUGUGGAAGAAAGAGGCCAAGGUGAAUAAGGCUGCUAUAGCUACAGUGGACACUCUUAUCUGGCAAGGACUGGCAUCAGUUAUUGUGCCAGGUUUCACAAUCAACCGCAUCUGUUGGGCAACUAGAACUGUUCUGCAGCGAGCCACCAAACUGCCGGGUCCUGUUAAAAAAUGGAGCGUGGUGGCGAUGGGCCUGGGCAGUAUACCAUUCAUUGUGAAACCCAUUGACCGUGGUGUUGACUGGUUCAUGGACCACACUUUUAGGAGACUUUAUGGGCACCACUAGACUCUUAUAGAUCUGUAUACUUUGUUGCUAAUACAUUUUAAAAUUAUACUGCUACUAUUCGAGAUCUUCUUGUUUUGAAAAAGCAGAUUAUUAAUUAAUUUUUUUGUUAAUUUUUUAAAACAGAUUUAUUUGUGUGAUAUUUUGAUAUUAGGACUUUUUUGCUCUAUGCACCAGAUAUUUUUCAGGAAAUAUAAAUAAUAGAGCCUGUAGAAACAUCAAACCUGCAUUAACAUUAGUUUAACAGCUGCAGAUCAAUCUGCCAUUAACUUUGAUCAAAAUAUGUUCAAAUGACUUGUGCCUAUGUCAUUGUUGUUAUAAAUACCUCUAAAGCUUAAAUUGUUAUGUUUCAUAACCCCAGCAUAAUAUACACAAACCUCAUAGAUAAAAUUUCAAUAUGUAUAUAUAUAAAUAUGGACCAUUAAAAUUUGAAGUAUUUUCAUAUAUAUAUAAUUUAUGAGUUGAAAUUUAAUCACUUUGGUUAUAUUUUAGAAUAUGCAUCUGGCAAAUAUAGAGUAUUCUAACUUACUCCUAAAUAUUCUUGCAACCCUUUCAUUGAUUGCCAGUUUUUAUUGUUGUAUUUGAUCUCACUUGCAUUGUUAGUUUGAAUCCUUCACUCAGAUAUCCCAUUUUGGUAGCAUAUUAUCAACCAAACUAGUGUUUUCCAUUUGUGUUUAGAUAGUUAAUCCAUCCCAAUAAGGGCACAUGUAUAUUUUUUGUGGUUUAAUAAUAUUUAAUAUGAGCUAAUUUUUGUAAAUAUGUUUUGUUUGAUAAGAAAAGUGGAUUAUUAAUAACCAGUCUUGAUCAAAAUCAUAAAAGUACAGAUUUUAUCUUUUUCAGCACUAUAAUUUUGUACUAGUGUUUUCAAUUAUUAUUUUUAUUUAAAUCAUUUUCUGUCAUGGCCAGGAUUUUUGUUUGGGAUAUUAUUCCCUAAGAUUUUUUUUAGACUAGUUUGUUUUAAGAAUGUUUUAGGUAAUUUUUUUUGGUUCACUCAUCAUCAUGAGGUGUCCAGUUAAUGUUUUUUAUUAAUUAUAAUUACUGUUUCCUAGUAUUAACCAGAUGAUUUAUAUUUUAUCUAUUGUGUUAUUUUUGUUAUUAGUAUUUAUAAAAAGUACAAAUAUUCAAGUAUUAUCUGUGAUAUGCUCACAUAUGAGGUAGUGUUUUCCUGACUUAUCAUGUGGCUAAACAUGCUACGGAAUAUUUAUACCAGUAGCUUUCAUAUUCAUGAUAAAAUAGUGUGCAUCCAUAAUUUAAUUACAAAAAUGUUUGUCAGUGUGUAUGUCAGUCGACAUGAUCUCACUUUUGACAUAACUUGUUAUGCUGGUUUUAAUACUCUGUAUGUGUUUCAGACUGAAUUUUGAAGUUACAAAGGGUUAUAAUUAUUUCAACAAUUAAUAUAGUAACUGUUUAAACUUUAUGAGUGUAUUUUUAACCAUACCAUAUCAUUGGGUUUACAAAAUGUAUGUGAUAAUGUUAUGUGAAUUAGGAUACAUAAGUAAAGUAUUUGUCCGCAUAGCCUGGUCUCAUAGGGAUUGUUUAUUUUUGUUAGGCUAUGUUUGAUUAAACUCAUAUUGACUUUUUCUUCCAUUUAUAUUUGACAAAACUCCACGAAGUUAUUAAACUCCACUAGAAUUUGGCUUCUAUUUAUGUUUGUUUGACUAAACUCCACUAAAAUUUGGCCCCCAUUUAUAUUUGACUAAACUCCACAAGAAUUUGGCUUCCAUUUAUAUAUUUCACUAAAUUAUCAUAAUUGGCUUCCAUUUAUAGUUGUUAUCUUUGAGCAGCUAGUAUAUGUCUUUGUGUGGUGAAGUUAGUUUUUAUAUGAUAGAACCAGGAUUGUAUAUGGUCAUGACAUAUACUGUAGGUGUGUUUUUGUAUGUUGUAGCUGGGUUGUAUGUUUUAGAUGCUUGGGUUGUUUUAGCCAAGCAUAUUGACAGUGCCUUGACAGGUUGUGCUUGUUAUAGACCAAUAGACUCCUCUGUUACAAGUUUUUUCAAACUAUGCAAAUAAAAUUUAAAGUUGA